UGUAGUUGCAUUGUUUGCGUGUUGCAGAUAUUAAUGUAUUAAUACCACCAACUUUGCUCUUUGGCUGUAAUUUGAAACCGCUAGUUGAAGUCAGUGGAGAUUGAUAGCUGAAAUUCCACACAUUGUACUCUCUUCAGCAAAGAGUAAGUCAGCAAGACAAUAUGGAAGCGAAGAGUACGCAUGAGAUCGCGAAAGAUGUCACAGAUUUUAUUGGAAACACCCCUAUGGUAUAUCUCAACAAAAUAGUUGAAGGUUGUGCUGCUCAAAUUGCAGCCAAAUUAGAGUAUAUGCAACCAUCUGCAAGUGUCAAAGACAGGAUUGCAUUUAGUAUGAUCAAAGAUGCAGAAGAUAAGGGCCUAAUUACUCCUGGAAAGACUGUCCUUCUUGAGGUAACCAGUGGUAAUACCGGCAUUGGGCUUGCAUUUAUAGCUGCAGCUCGUGGCUACAAACUCAUGAUAGUGAUGCCAUCAUCGUAUAGUCUUGAGAGAAGGAUUGUUCUUAAAGCUUUGGGGGCUGAGUUAUACAUCACAGAUCCAGCCAAAGGUUCUGAUGGUGUGCAUCAGAAGGUUCAAGAAAUACUAGAUAGGACCCCAAACUGUCAUUUUCUUCAUCAGUUUGAGAAUCUUGCCAAUCCAAAGAUCCAUUAUGAAACAACGGGACCAGAAAUAUGGAAGAGCACAGGAGGAAAAGUUGAUAUUUUCAUUGCAGGGAUUGGGACUGGAGGCACGGUGACGGGAGCAGGAAAGUUCCUUAAGGAGAAGAAUCCAGAAAUAAAGGUAUAUGGUAUAGAACCAGCUGAAAAUGCAAUUCUAAAUGGAGGACAACUAGGGCCGCAUAAAAUUCAAGGAAUUGGUGUUGGUUUUAUCCCAGACGUUCUCGAUCUCAGCAUCCUGGAUGGAGUUCUUCAAGUAUCUAGUGAUGAAGCUAUUGAAAUGGCAAAGCUUAUUGCAUUGAAAGAAGGCCUGCUGGUAGGAAUAUCGUCAGGGGCGGCAGCUGCUGCAGCAGUUCAAGUAGCAAAAGAGCCUGAAAAUGCUGGGAAACUUAUUGCAAUUAUUUUUGCUAGUUCUGGAGAGCGUUAUCUUUCCACCGUGUUGUUUGAUUCCAUUCGAGAAGAGGUGGAAAACUUGACUUUUGAGUAACUUUAUGCAAUGUUGUAACUUGAGCUAAAAAUAAUAAAAACUUCUGAAAUGUUGUAACCUCUUAAAUGGAUAUGAACUUUUUGUUCACUUGUACAUUCUUAUAUUAUAUGAA